CCGCGUAGUGCUCACGGCGACGGCUGGCGUGGCAUGCCGUAUUAUGUCUGCAAUGACACCUCCAAUAAAUCAGAACACAAGCAGUGAUGAUGCAACGGUAGAAAACCACUGUCUUGUUUGCAACAGAGAGCAGACAGCCAACUUAGAGCGUAUUUCGAUUGAAAGCUCCCUGGCAAGUGGCCACUUGUUGAGCUCCGUCAUGGUUGCCAUCUUGGAGAGUUCGCUGCCUCGUUUGGGAGACCAGGUCCCAGUCGUGUGCGUGGUGUGCUUCUGUCUGCUGAAGGAAAUCGAUAACUUGGAACACCGUGUCACAGCACUCAAGGGGUCUGUAAGGCUCAGCUUUGCCCAGGCCUGCCGAGAGCGUGGUCGGCAGUGGGAUGUGGAGGUGGCCAGUAAAGGCCCAGCAGAGGAGCGGGGGACCAAAGGCACGUUUGUGGAAGACGUGAUUGGUGAUCAGACUAAUGGCAGCUGCACAACAUGUGAAAGAUCUACACAGACGGAUGUAAACCUCGUCUUACGCCGUGAAGAAGACGAAAACGCACAACAGCAGGAUUCUACAGGAGCUAAAUGUGCUCAGAAACCAGAUGUUCGACUUGCGCCUUUGCCUACUUGGCGACGGAGAGGACGGUGCAGCAGGGUCUCGACGUCGGAGGCCGUCGCCGGGGACGGCGGCGUGUGGCCGAAUGCCGCCGAGUGUCCCGGUGACCCUGGCGGUAGCACGAACUCGGCGUUGGUCGUCUCGCCAGGCCUGCAGACGACCCCGGCGCCGCCCAGAACGCUGCGGCGCCGCCCUACACUCGUCAAGACCGAGCCUGGCUCGAACGACGUCGCUGACGGCGACGGAGCCGGGCGGAACCAUGCCCCAGACGACGGUCCGCCGGACGCCGCAGCGGGCUCGGCGUCGGCCGCGUCGCCCGACCCGCUGGCGGCCCCGGCGCCGCGCAGAGCGCUGCGGCGCCGCCCGACGCUCGUCAAGGCUGAGCCUGUCUUGGAUGUCGAUACCGACGGCCACAGCGCCGACAGUGACGGGGCCGUCUGGGACGACACGCGGGGUGACGGACUGCAGUGCGAAAUGUGCGGGGCAGAGUGCGCCGACGCGUCUGAGCUGGAGCGGCACCGGCGCCACUGCGGUCCGCCGACAGAUGCCGAGGCGGACGCGGUGCUCUGGAGCUGCCAGCGGUGCGAGCGCUCCUUCCGCCAGCUGCCGCAGCUGAAGCGGCACACACGCCAGCACAAGCUGCCCACCAGGCAGCUGGCCAUCUGCCUCAAGUGCGGCGCGGUGUUCGGCGCGGCGGCCGAGCUUGUGGAACACAACGCCUCUCACGCAGCGGACGCGCCCGACAUCCUGAUCUGCAACGUGUGCGGCCUGGGCUUCCGUUCGGCACCGGCGCUCGCUGUGCACGCCGGCAAGCAUGACGUCACCUGCACCGUCUGCUACAAGCAGUUGCGCAAGGACAGCUUGCGCGAACACAUGCGGCGCCACACGGGCGAAACGCGGUACACGUGCGCCGUGUGUAGCAAGAAGUUCGUGGCGUUUUCGUCGCUGCGCGCGCAUCGGCGCACGCACACCGGCGACAAGCCGCACAAGUGUCACCUGUGUGCUGAGAUGUUCCACGUGAAGGCGAGCCUGGCCGAGCACUUGGAGCGCCACCAGGGUGCCGAGCUGCGAUGCGAACAGUGCUCACGCGUUUUCCCGUCGUCACGUCGGCUGGCGGCGCACGCCAAGACGCACGACAGGCGCCGCUGGCAGCCGCACACCUGCGAGUUCUGCGGCCAGGGCUUCAUGACGGCGCGCUCUCUGCGCCAGCACCGGACCCAGCACCUCGGCACCGUGCCGUUCGUCUGUCCCGUCUGCCAGAAGGGCUUCACCUACGAGGACUCUUACAAGGAGCACCUGAACGUGCACAGCGGUCAGCGGCCGUUCACCUGUGAGGUGUGCGGCAAGUCGUUCGGCCGCCGGUCCUGCCUGUGGGCGCACCGGAACCAGCAUACCAACCCGCGCCGCUUUCCGUGCGGCCACUGUCCCAAGGUGUUCUCCAACAAGUCGGCUUACACCGUCCACCUCCGGAUCCACACCGGCGAGAAGCCGUACAAGUGCACGACCUGCUCGGGCUCGUUCCGGCUGCUGAGCCGUCUGAAGCGACACGCCUGCGCGCCGCCCGCCGCCGCCGCCGCCGCAGCCGUGGCUCCCGGCUCGGCGCCGGGCACCGCUCCGCCGGUCACCGUACAGAUCAGCACGCCCGGCGGCCAGACGACCACAGCGCACAUACAGCUGCCGGCGGCGAUGGCUGACCGGACCGUCUGCGCCGCUGGAGCUGACGUGGGCGCCGCGGCCGGCAUGUCUUUCGCCGGGAGACAGGUACCUCCCGAUGGAGGGGUAGCUUCCUUCCGGGACGGCGGCAGCUGUCCCCGAGGUGGUGACACUGGGUUCCGGGGAUGA